UUUGCUUCAGGUUCAAUGGCAACGUUUCACAUUAUUAUUAUCUUUUUUGCAGUAACGACCUCACCUGUCACAGAGACAACAACAACACCAGUAACACCUACUGGAUCAACCACAUCACCAGUAGUAUCAACGACAACCACUACAACUGCGUCAACCAAAUCACCAGUAACACCUACUGGAUCAACCACAUCACCAGUAGUAUCAACGACAACCACUACAACUGCGUCAACCACAUCACCAGUAACACCUACUGGAUCAACACAUCACCAG